AUGUUACAAUCUACGGAAGCGAAACCUGCUCUGUCCGACCUCGAUGAGUUCGAGGGUCUUGUUCUGGCAGAUGUUACCCCUAAACUCAAAAAGUGGUGGUUUCAGUAUCCAUCCCUGCUCAAACUGAAUCUGCUGUUACUUUGCGCCUUCCUGGCUCAGUUUACCUGCGGGUUUGACGGUAGUAUGUUGAACGGCAUGCAGUCCUUGCCUUCGUGGAAAGCUGCAUUUGGUAACCCGGAUGGUGCCAAGUUGGGCACUAUGGUCAAUGCUAUCAACAUUGGUGUACUGGUUUCUGUAACCUUCUCCUCGCAGAUGUGCGAGAUCCUCGGACGAAAGAAACCCAUCACAGUCGGUACAGCUUUAAUUACUAUUGGAUCGGCUCUCCAGGGUGGUGCGCAAAGCUUGGGCAUGUUCAUUGCUGGCCGCAUUAUCAUCGGUUUAGGUACUGGCAUCGUGGCCGUCGCCGCUCCCCAGCUAAUGACGGAGGUCGCGUAUCCAACCCACCGUGGAAAGAUUGUUUCUUUAUAUAUGACCCAGUGGGUCGUGGGCUACUUGAUCGCAGCUUGGACUACGUUCGGUACUUUCAAAAUGGAUUCCUCUUGGAGCUGGAGGCUGCCCAGUCUCUUGCAGGGUGUUCCGUCAAUCCUGCAGCUGGUGCUCAGUGUCUUUGUACCGGAAUCUCCUCGUUGGCUUGUUUUCAAGGACCGACAGGAAGAGGCUAUGAAUGUGCUCGCCAAAUAUCAUGCGGGCGGAGAUCGUAAUUCUCGACUGAUUCGCUUCGAAAUGCUUGAAAUCCAGGCGACGUUGGAAGAGGAAAAGAAGGAGAAGGCAAUCCAGUGGAGAGAGUUUAUCCGCACCCAGGGAAACCGAAAGCGUCUCUGGAUCUUGUUGUUUAUUGGCUACGCUGCUCAGUUGUCUGGCCUUGGCCUGACCGGAUACUAUCUCGCUAAGAUCCUUGAUAGUAUCGGUAUCACAGAUGCAGAGACUCAGCUGCUCAUUAACGCUAUAGCAGCUAUCUGGCAGUUAUGCUGCUCGAUUUUCUUCGCUAUGCUUAUCGACCGUUUUGGCCGAAGAGGAUCGAUCACCUUCGGCAUGACUAUCAUGCUUCUUGUGUUUAUUAUCUGGACGAUUUGUUCGGCUCUUAACGAGCAGAGGAACUUCACGGAUCGCCCGCUUGAGCUGUCUGUUGUUGCUAUGAUUUUCCUAUUCCAAGUUGGCUACCAACCGUUUGCCAUUGCCACCGUGCCUUAUGUUGUGGAGUGUUCUCUCUUCUCUCUUCGGUCCAAAACAGCUAUGAUCUUCCAAUUUUGCGGAUACACAGCCAGUUUCUUUACCAGUUAUGUGAACCCUAUUGCCAUGGACAGAAUUGGUUGGCGCUACUACAUAGUCGCCUGUGUCGUUCUGGGAUUUGAAUGCGCAUUUGCGUGGUGGUAUUUGCCGGAGACUAAGGGCAAGGGCCUUGAGGAAAUCGGCGAAAUUUUCGAUGGCGAGGAGCUCUUGACGGGUGCCCAGGCAAUCACCAAACAGUAUAAGGAGCAGCAUGCGGCCAACAACCUUCGCGAGAGGAAGGCUUUUGCCGAGCAUGUCGAUGUUAUUAACAAGGACUGA